GGGCGAGCGAAAUCAUUGAUUACAUGCACAUUCUCGACAAGCGGACUCGUUCUCUUCGUAAACAACUUCUGCCGUGGUUAAUUAGAAGCGUAGAAGCCAUUAGGGGAAAGGUUUCAUUACGUGUUGAACUCUUUCCUGCCUUUAACUAUGCUCGUGAUGAGCACACUGCUAGAUUCGAAUCAUGUCCAGACCAUGUCACCCAAGUAGAGUUAGAUUCGAACGAUGCAUCUGGAGUAGAUGAUGUUCGCGUAAUAUUUAAUUCAAAGGGAUUAUCUCUAGAUCUACGCUAUUUAGUUGAAGCCGGAGAGUAUGAGCCGCCGAGUAUUACUUGGACGAAAGUGACGCGUGAUCGGGACCUGGGUCCUGGGGUUAUUGCAGAGUUUACUUUACAAGAGGGUCAAUGUGUUAAAUUUAUACUGAGAGAAAUCGUUGAAGAGUCCGACGAACAACCACCCGCAAUGAAAACAUCUAAAAAGUAUCCGGAUCCUCCACUGUCGAUUGCAUUGUUGAACUCAUUGUACAGGCAAACGCUUAAAUUUUGGCAAAACUGGAUUUCUCAAUCAUCGUAUAAUGGUAGAUGGAGAGAACACGUGCAUCGAAGUGCAUUAGCUUUGAAAUUGAUGACUUAUGAACCG